AUGGUAGAUGUUUUCUUCACAUCAGGGGAGCCUUCCCUUCCAUCAGUUUCUGGGCCAGCAGAUCAAGUUAUGUUUAAUACAAAUGUGACAUUAAGCUGCAUAUCUGUAGGAUUCUACCCUGCAAACAUCCUUGUUACCUGGUGGGAGGAUGACAGAGAGUUUCAUGUAACCAAACCAGAUGUUCGUUUAUAUGAAGAUAAGACAUAUCAAGUACAAAGUAACAUUACCGUUCCAGCAAAAAUAGACUCAUUAAUUACCUGCAGAAUUAAUCAUACAGCAUUACAGCAGCCUAUAAAUUCAUCCUUCAAAAUAAAUGUGAAAGGAGAGCCUUCCCUUCCAUCAGUUUCUGGGCCAACGGAGCAAGUUAUGUUUAAUACAAAUGUGACAUUAAGCUGUAUAUCUGUAGGAUUCUACCCUGCAGACAUCCUUGUUACCUGGUGGGAGGAUGACAGAGAGCUUCAUGUAACCCAACCAGAUGUUCGUUUAUAUGAAGAUAAGACAUAUCAAGUGCAAAGUAACAUCACCGUUCCAGCAAAAAUAGACUCAUUAAUUACCUGCAGAAUUAAUCAUACAGCAUUACAGCAGCCUAUAAAUUCAUCCUUCAAAAUAAAUGUGAAAGGAGAGCCUUCCCUUCCAUCAGUUUCUGGGCCAACGGAGCAAGUUAUGUUUAAUACAAAUGUGACAUUAAGCUGUAUAUCUGCAGGAUUCUACCCUGCAGACAUCCUUGUUACCUGGUGGGAGGAUGACAGAGAGCUUCAUGUAACCCAACCAGAUGUUCGUUUAUAUGAAGAUAAGACAUAUCAAGUGCAAAGUAACAUCACUGUUUCUGCAAAACCAGAUUCACUAAUUACCUGCAGAAUUAGUCAUAUAUCAUUACAGCAGCCUAUACAUUCAACCUUCAAAAUAAACGUGACAGCUGAUAUAUUUGUCAGUAAGGAGAAAAUUGGUCUUUUUCAGACUACUUUCAAUCAUGACCAAGGCAAUAACACCAAUGGUGUAAUAGAAAUGUGUUUGUAG